AUUAUAUUCUUCUUCAAGAUUUAUGCCAAACACACCUUUAUUUUUUUUAACUUUUCAGCUGACCUCUAUCAACAAGCCAACAACUGCCGAUCUCUAUUCUCUACACAGAACACAAAUCCACCGCUACUAAACGGAAAUAAUUCUCCGUAAAACAACCGUUUUUUGGUUCAUUUGCCGAUCAAACCAGAUCGAUAAAGCAAUGGCCGGAGUGUCCUUAAAAUGCGGGGACUGUGGAGCCCUAUUGAAGUCCGUUGAGGAGGCUCAAGAGCAUGCCGAGCUGACCUCUCACUCUAACUUUUCUGAAUCAACGGAGGCCGUUCUCAAUCUUGUUUGCACUACUUGUGGAAAGCCUUGCCGAUCUAAAACAGAAAAAGAUCUUCAUACAAAGAGAACUGGGCACACUGAAUUUGUGGAUAAGACUUCUGAGGCAGCAAAACCAAUUAGUUUAGAGGUUCCAAAGGCACCCAUGGAGGUGGAUGAGCCUGUUAAUGCAAGCUCCAGUAGUCAGUCUGAAGAGAUGGUAGUUCCAGAGGUUAGCCAGAGUAUCCUUGAGGAACUGGAAGGAAUGGGUUUCCCAAAGGCACGGGCAAUUCGGGCUCUUCAUUAUUCUGGUAAUGCCGGUCUUGAAACUGCUGUAAACUGGAUUGUUGAGCACGAGAAUGACGCUGACAUAGAUGAAAUGCCCAUGGUACCUGCUAACACCAAAUUUGAGGCCCCUAAACCUUCACUGACACCUGAAGAAAUGAAGCGCAAAGCACAAGAGCUAAAGGAGCGUGCUCGCAAAAAGAAAGAAGAGGAAGAGAAAAGAACAGAAAGAGAAAAAGAAAAGGAGAGAAUACGUAUCGGCAAGGAACUUCUGGAAGCAAAAAGAAUUGAGGAUGACAACGAGAGAAAACGUGUGAUAGCACUUCGGAAGGCAGAGAAAGAGGAAGAGAAGAGGGCUAGGGAAAAAAUUCGACAAAAGUUAGAAGAAGACAAGGCAGAAAGAAGAAGGAAGCUUGGACUGCCGGCGGAAGAUCCUGCAACUGCAAAGCCAUCUGCACCUGUUGUGGAGGAGAAAAAGAGCUCCUUGCCUGUUAGGCCUGCCACAAAGGCAGAGCAAAUGAGAGAGUGCUUACGAACUCUUAAGCAGACUCAUAAGGACGAUGAUGCUAAAGUGAAAAGAGCAUUCCAGACUCUUCUAACUUAUAUAGGAAAUGUUGCUAAAAGUCCUAAUGAAGAGAAGUUCAGAAAAAUUAGGGUCACCAACCAAAGCUUUCAGGAUAGAGUUGGUUCACUGAAAGGGGGCGUGGAGUUUCUAGAGCUGUGUGGAUUCGAGAUAAUUGAAGGAGGGGAGUUCCUUUUCUUACAAAGGGACAAGGUUGAAAUGGCUGUGCUGAAUUCAGCUGGAUCUGAGCUCAAUUCUGCCAUUAAUAAUCCAUUUUUUGGUGUUCUUUAAGUCGUUAAUUACUGUAUAAUGCAAUAAUCAGAAUUUAUAGAAUUACAUUUUGAGGCAUUUUCAACCGUUAUGCCAUUGAGCAUUUUAUAGAAUUGUAUGUGAUGGGUAAAAUCUAAGGCAUGACUGAAUUUAUUUA